GGCAGGGCCUUCUGAAGCUGGACAGCUCUGAACAGAAAGCGCAUGAAGGGGGAAUGGAUUCGGAAAUAUGCAGGGAGGCUUGUAGACAUCAAACUCUCACUGGCAGCUCUGGCUCCAGCACAAUGAAAAGUGUCAAAUCCACCCCUGAGCUGCUGAAAGAAGCUCAACUUAUUGCAGGACUGGAACGGCCAGAUGAGUCUGACCACCAGAGGGCGCAAGAUGAGACUCUGACAGACACAUCAGUGAAGGAAAGUGGGCACAUAAGAGAUGAUGACAGUACUGGUCAGCUGCAAAAGGAAGUAAGCACGUGUAAUGAAAUCACUAAGCAGGGGCCAACUCAAUGUGACUCCACAGUACCAAAGUUACAUGUGUGUGUGCCAGAAGAAAGAUGUUCAAGACCAAUGUGCCCCCUACCCAUGCCAUCUGGUGUCUGUAAGAUGACCAUGUCAGGCUUACAGGGGAUACGUCAGGUUGACUGUGAUGAUGAACAAGUCGAGGAUCUCUUAUCACCGGUGACUAAUGAAGAUAUAAUAAUGGCUCGAGGACGUAGUCUGAUUCAAAGAGCAGAAAGGACUUCACAUCAGACCAAAACCAUUCAGGGCCUUUCAUUAUUAGCAACCUGGACACCUAAAAAAGAUUAUAAAAGUGCUGAGAGGUAUAAAACCAUCCAUCAUUUGUGCACCACAUCUGCAAGCCAAAUUGUGCCUGUUGAACUACAAUUUGCUUCUAGAUUCUGCCACACACAAAAUCUGGUUACUGUAACAGCUCAUGUUGACCAGCAGAUGGCAGCACCCGGACAGCUGUCUCAUCCUGACAUAAAGAGGCUGGUGUGUGAAGGUGUAUCUGCUAAAUCUGCUGAAGUCUCAUCACACACAGACUGCAUUUCUCACUUACCUAAACAGCUGUCAGAUACUCUGGAGGACUGGAAGAGAAUAGCAGAAUUUUAUGUGGAAAGACCACGAAUCACAAUGUGCGGACGUGCUGCGACACUGUGUGCUAGCGAGCUCAGAAUGUUCUGGAAUCCAGUACCUCCUAAAUUCAUCUGUGCCCCGUGUGUUAUGAAAGAAAAACUCUUUCCCGAAUACCAGGUAACCCGGCCUGACCAGUACAAAGAGAACCUGCUGGAUGAUGUGGUGGAGUCAGUUAGCCAUGUGACAGCGCCAGAACAAGCAACUGUCUCGUUUAGUAAAAGCAAAUCUUUGUCAGACUUGAGAACAACGAAACUGGCCUUAUUUAGUCCAUCUACUGCAAAAGAACAGGCCAGACGGCCCCACUCUGCCCCGCACUUAACCCCAGAUCCUGAGCCUCUUCUUCAGCUGCGGUCUGACUUCAACAGCCUCUCUCAGGAGCUGGAACAUGUGCGCUUACAGAAAAAAUCAGUCUGCGUGCCUCUGGCUGGAGAAUUCACACCCAGUGCCAGACGACAGAUCGAACCCAAGGAUGUUCACACUGGCCCAGACUCAUCAGAGGAGACCUGCCAGAUCCCAAAUCACAGGAAGAGCCCACGCAAACGCACAGACAGGGCAAAUGUUUCCCGUUUUAAACGGAGGCCUGCUAAAACAAAAAGGAAAUUCGUCACUGUCAAGAUGGCCUACGUUCGGAAGAAACUGAGUGAGCCACCACGAACGCUUAAAAGGAGUGAGUCUAUGUGUCAGUUACCAUGGAACCCCAAACCAUCUGAAAGUCUUUCUUCGCCUCUUAACAGCCUCAGUCUGCCUCUCCUACUCGAUUUUGAGAGCUUUUCUGCAGAUCGUGGUGGAAUACCUGACACAACGCCACCCAGAGAGUGGGUUAGAGACUUAUGGGAUGUCUGGUUUGAUGAGCUCUUUCCACCUCUGGAGAAGGUUCAGAGUACAGUCUCUGUCUCAGGUAAUCUGAAAGAGAAUCAGACCCUACAUAAUAACAUCCAGGAACUGGACAUAGUGGACCUGUCUGAGGUUCUGGAUGAAGGUCUCACAAAAGCUGAUGUGGAGCAAGAAGUUGCCAAGCUAACCCAAGUUAUGAGUGAAUGUGGGAAUCACAGGGCUUUUGACCUGACUCGACGUGGAGCGCUUCAAAUCAAACUUGGUCAUCUCAACCUGGCCCUUGAAGAUCUGAAUGCUGCCAUCUCCCUGGAGCCCCAUUUACUGGAUGCCUACUGGCACAGGCACAACAUCUACCUGCUGAGAAACGACCCCAAUCGAGCCCUGGCAGAUCUCAACAUCAUCAUUAAGAACAACAUGAAGCAUGCAGAUGCCUUCAUGUCUAGAGCAGAAAUCUACAAAGAAAGAGGAGAAACUACAGCAGCUAUAAUCAACUACACCCAAGCCAUCAAAGCCAAGCCAGAUAAUGCAGACAUGUACUUCAGAAGAGCACAGAUGUAUGAGAAGAUGGGUGAAAUGCUGCUGGCCAUGGAAGACUAUGCCAAAACUUUCUCCAUUGACUCUACAAGGACAGAUGCCAUGAUGAUCCUUGGAAUGCAGCACUUUAGGAAAUCCAACUGGAUGGCAGCCCUGGAAGAUUUCUCCUUACUGCUAAAACAAGAGCCGGCGAAUGCUGCAGCUAGGACAUACAGAGGAAGGAUCUACACUAAGCUGGGCUGCUUUGAGGAGGCCAUUAAGGACCUUUCAUUGGCUGUGCACUUGAAUCCCAGCGACUGGUUGGCAUUUUACCACAGAGGCUUCCUGCUGAGGAAGAUAAAGCCUCAGAUGGCCUUGAGAGACCUCAGCACAUCGGUUCUCAUCAAUGACAGCGUAGAAAACCUGAGAUCUUUUCUGCAUCGUGGCUUGCUCUAUGCUGAGCUUCGGCUUUGGCGACAAGCAACUGCUGACUUUGAAGCUGUGAUCAAACUCGACAGGUCUACGGCUGUUGCACAUGUCAGUUUGGGACUCAUCAGUAUGAUGAAAAUGGAUCGAAAUUAUGAAGCCAUCAAGAGGUUCAGCAAUGCAUUGAAAGCAGACCCCACCUAUAUGAGGGCCUACGUAUGCAGGGCCAAAGCUUAUUACAAUGUGAAUAAUCUGAGUGGUGCGGUGAAGGAUUUGAGUCGAGCGAUACAUCUGAAUCCAGACGCCCAUGACCUGCACAUCAUGAGAGGCCAGUACUUGUAUGAACUGAAGCAGUUUGACCUGGCUGCUCUCUCUAUACAAUAUGCGGCAGAGAUGAAAACAGCUCUGGGUUUAUCACCGAUGCAGCAGGCAAUCAUUCAGUCGUUUUUGGGGAAUGAAGCCAAAGCUAUUGCAUGUCUGGAGGAAGCGGUCAAUAGAUGCCCUUCUCUUCCAACCCUCAUUCUUUUGGGAAAGACACUGAUGAGGGAACACAGGUUCACAGAAGCUGUGGAGAGUUUCAGAAAGGCCCUGGCAAAGCUUGAUACCAAUAAGGUGAAGGUCUCUAUUGUAAAAGAAGCUGCUGAAAUCUUUUAUCUUAUUGGCGUAUGCUGCAUGGCACAAGUGCCUUUGUUACAGGAGAGUGAAGACAUUCUCGUGCAUCAGGCUUUAGAUGCUUUUAACAGCGCUGUCAGCAUUAAACCAGACUAUGCUGAAGCUUACCAUCAUAGAGGACUGUGUCGCAUGCACCUACAAGACUCCACGAGCGUCCAGGACUUUAAUACAGCACUACGCAUAAACCCAAACCUCUAUCAGGUACAUUUAAGCCGGGCUGCCCUUUAUGGAGCUGAGGGGCGAUAUGCAAAGGCUGUACUCGACUGUAGUGAAGCUAUUAGAAUCCAACCCCAAAGUGUCAAAGCCUACUUAUAUAAAGGAGCUCUUCAAUUCUAUUUGAAGGCAUACAAGAGAGCGGUGGAGGAUUUGUCCACGGCGAUCCGAAUCGACAGCGGCUGUUCAUUUGCAUACUACAAUCGUGCUGUUUGUUACCAGCAACUGCAGGAUUAUGAGCUGGCACUCAGGGACUACAGCAUUGUGCUGCUGCUGGGCGAAGAGAGCGAGCUUGGUCUUAAAGUGUUGAUAAACCGAGGCCUUCUGUAUGUGGAGCUAAAUGAUUACAGCAAUGCCCUUCAGGAUUUUAAAGCUGCAGCACACAAGCGUCCUGAUGAUGCAAUAAUUCAUCAUACACUAGGUGUUAUUAACCACAGGCUCGGGCGGUUGAAGAAAGCCGUGGAUGCUUACAGUAAUGCUAUAAGACUUGAUCCCUUCUUACAAGAUGCUUAUGUGGGCAGAGGUAAUGUUUUCAUGGAUUAUGGGCACAUUGAUGGCAGAAAGCAGGCCCAGAGGGACUUCAUCUCUGCUCUUCACCUCAAUCCACUUUGCUCAAAUGCCCGCAUUGCCCUGGCGUACAACUUACGGGUUCUUGGAUUCUUUAAGAGGGCCUGGAAUCAGUUCACUGUGGCGAUGGAGGUGAACCACAAUUGCUGGGCGGCUUAUGAAGGGAGAGCUGUUGUCAGUCUGCAGAUGGGAAACCUGUUUGCAGCUCUGCAGGACAUCAACACUGCUAUAAAGGUUACGGUUCAGAUGGGUUUUCACACGCAGGGUAUACGAAAGUAUAACCCUCUGUCAGAGCUCCUUUUCACAAACCGAGGUCUAAUACAGCAGUUAAUGGGGGAUAAAGCCAGUGCAAUGAUGGACUAUCAGAAAGCCAUUGGCAUCAAUCCCAGCUACGCCCUGGCACACUUUAAUGCUGGCACUCUCUUCUUUUACAAUGGACAAUUUGAGCAGGCCUGUGAGUUUUACAGCCGAGCCUUUGAACUGGACCCGUCAGAUGAGUCUGCCAUCCUGAACCGAGCCAUCACUCACACGCUGCUGCGGAAGAUUCCAGAAGCUCUCCAAGAUUUCAGUGAGGCUCUGCUCCUCGACCCGCUCUCUGCACAUGUCUACUUUAACAGAGCUAACCUGUACUGCACACUCAGACAGCAUCAAUCAGCCGAAAAGGACCUGACACAAGCUCUGUGCCUCCAGCCUGGAGAUGCUCUGCUGUAUAAACUCAGGGCUGACGUUCGGGCUUGUUUAGGGUGGACUGAGCAGGCGAUGGAGGACUACAGGACCGCCGUGAAGCUUGAAGAAGACUCAGAAACACAAAUCUAAAUGCUGGUCAGGUUGUAGAAACUAAAUUAAUUGUUAGAGCGUUUUCUGCAUUAAUGCAGUUAAUAAAGCAAAAGAAGAUUUGUGCACAAGUA